AUUGCGCGCUCAAUUUACAACGUUGCCAUUUAUCGAGUUGUUAUGAAAGCGUGGCGGAGCUUUGAAAUUUCAGUUGAAGCUUUACGUUAGCGAGUGUAGCUUACAAAGCUAAUUUUUCCGGUGUCCGAUCCGUCGAGUUCGAAGACCCCGCUCUUUCGAUGAUCCGCGAAUUUAGUUCGAAAGUGAAAAUCGCAAUGUUGAUCAUACGGUGUUUUCCUGAAAUAUAAUUUUUCAUCGAUUGACAGAAUAGAGUAACUGAAAAGGGUUUUACUAAAUCGAUAGAUCAAUAGAUCAAUCUUCUUAAGAUAUCUGCAGCUCGUAUUUUGGUACUAACGAUGAUUGAAAGUGACGAUUGGUAAGUGAUGUUGUGUCUAGAUAUGAGGUUAAUGCAACGAUUACGCGGCGAAAGGACAGUUGUUAUCGACGAUGAAUCGACAAAAGACAAAGAUAGGGAUCGAUCGAAAAGUGUUUGCGUGACAAGUUUUAGGAGUAAACCACCGAGGGAUGUUGGCGCUUUCAAGUUGUUCCACAGAAGAGCCAGCAGUGCCAUUUCAACAGCCAGCGACCUCAUAUCAAGAAGAGGAGUGUUUUCUAGACGAUAUUACGGAUCUGUAGAGCAGCUACAACAGCCCGAAGUUGACGGGCAAGAGCACUGUAGACGAUUUAGGAUAGAAAAUGGGGAUUCUCCAGGCGAAAAAGACGAAAUGUUCGGAUCACCGAGCACUCCGGUUCUCGAAAAUCCGGAAUAUCAAACAAGAUGGUACUUCAAAUAUUUUUUGGGAAAAUUACAUCAAAAUUACGUUGGACUGGAUAACGACAAAUCACCUUUUUUUCUUAGUAUAGUUCUAAAUGAAGAUACCAAUACCUGCGUGCCUCUAUGUCGAGCAAUUUUAUUCAAAAAAACCGGGACGCAGAAAAUAUCGUUGCCGAUAUCGCAACAGAAAGUUUUAACGGUUAAACAGAUACUAUCGAAUUUUCCGAAUAUCGAUAAAAUCGAUAAAGGUCCGAAAGAAAUAUUUUCACCUGAUAUUCAAAAAGAUUUAUUACUUCUAGAGGAACAAGAGGGUUCGGUCAAUUUCAAAUUCGGUGUUAUUUAUAUGAAACAAGGUCAAAAUAGCGACGACGAAAUUUUGAGCAAUGAAUAUGGAAGUUAUAGGUUCGAACAAUUUUUAUCGUUAUUGGGAGAUAAAAUCAAAUUGAAAGGAUGGGAUAAAUAUAGGGGAGGAUUGGACAUUAAAGGUGACAUGACCGGAAAAUUUUCCGUCUACACUAUAUACGAGGGUCACGAGAUUAUGUUCCAUGUAUCGACGUUAUUGCCCUAUUCUCGCGACAACCGACAGCAAGUUGAAAGGAAACGACAUAUCGGAAAUGACAUCGUUAACAUCGUCUUCAUAGAUGGCGAAUGGGAAUCGUCGGAAACGGCGCAUUCCCAAUUCAACCCGACUUGUAUCAAAUCGCAAUUUACACACAUAUUCGCGGUGGUAACAAUGGACAACGAUAGUCAGUACCGUCUGUCCGUAUUUUCGGACGAAUCGGUACCGUUAUUUGGGCCGGGCCUACCCUGUCCGCCCAUUUUCAACGACCCCUACCUUUUCAGGGAGUUUCUACUAGUAAAGCUAAUAAACGGUGAGAAGGCUACAUUCGAAACACCCACGUUCGCCAGAAAGAGACAGCGAACUCUGGAUAUGCUUAUCAAGGAUUUGUAUUCAGAACAUAUGAUCGAUGGAAGGAUGGCUAUGUUGAAUCGUCGAGCAUUUUCCGACGUUUUGGCCGACACUCCACGCCAUUCUAGACUCAAGGAAGAUUCGCGUCAAAUAGAAUUCGUUCGGAUAGGUCAAGCUCUAAAAUUGGAAGCUAUAGUUCGAGGCGACGCCCCGACUAGUUUAGCUUCUGCAAGUUGUAGUACGGGUACUGUUUUUAAAAAAUCGCCGUGGGAAGCGAACUGUUUUUAUCCAGUAUUUCCGGUUCAAUCGAUAAUUUGCGCGGAUUCGUGGGGCGAUAACAGACUCGUAAUAGGAACUGAAGAAGGAGUUUACGUAGUUACAGAUGGUAGUUUUCAUCGUUUGAUAUUCGAUAAAACGUUACAAGUUCGGCAACUUAGCGUGGUUGAACCUCAUGGUAUAUUUUUGAUGCGCGGAGGGCAUAGUAAUAAAGAAGGGAAAAUAUACGUUUUUCGUUUGUCUCAAAUUGAAGAAUUGGCCGAAGCUAAAUCUCGUUUGGACGUUAAAGAACAUCGAUUGGAAAAAACUAGAGGAACGAAUUUAUAUUCAUUAUCAAGACCAGGUGGAUCGAAGUUAAGAAUGUGCGUAGUUAUAGGAAAGAAACUUCAAAUGUUUCAAUGGAAGCAUUCGGCAGCGUGGACAGCUUGGUGUCCUUCAAGUGAUACAGAUACCGUAGAAGGAUUCACGUUUUUGUGGGAAAUAAGUUUAAACGAAACCCCUACAAUGGUAACGAUCCUAGACAGCGGUUGGAGUCCGAGUUCACCGACCCACGGAGACACCCUUGUUUGUGUCGGAUACAAAAAUCACUGGGAUAUCGUUAAUGGCAGAAGCGGACUAGCGCAACAUUUACAUACCGUCGAAAGUGCCAAAGCGAAUUUAGUAGCCGCUCUAGAUUUAUACGAGGAUCAAGAAGUACAACUACUUUUAUGUUAUAAUCACACGUGUCAUUUUCAAAAAAUUAAUGAAGCGAGCGCAUCGAAUACAAAUUUCGAUUUCCAUUGGAACUCCGUUCCGUCAGAUGUAGUUUGUGCUUUUCCAUACCUUAUUGCUUUCACGCAAAAUUCUAUGGAAAUCCGUUUGAUAGUCAACGGAAAUCUAAUACAUACAAUGACAAUGCCUAAACUACAAUUAAUCGCCUCAAAAAAUGACAUUUUCUUCGCAACUACUGCUCCGGAAUUUUUCCCUAACAAAACCGACCGAUUGUUCGUGGACGUGAGGCAACAAGAUUUUCAGAAACAUUCGCCACCUGCCAGUCCUAACGCUUCUCCGGAAAUAAAACCGCUUCGAAUUUAUCGAAUACCUAUUCAUUCAUUGCACAGAAACGACCAAUGUGUAAGUAAUUGCUCACCGCCGACAUGGAAAUCGACCGAAUCGAAAUUAACCGUUCCCGGAGAACCCCGUGUUUCCAGAAGUGCUACUAGCUCACCUAUUCCUCCAAAAGGGAAAAUCUUACAAGGAACUAUCAAAUGAUCCCGUCUCUUAUUCAUGAACACUUCCAGUGUUUAGUUUACUUACCGAGAUUUUUAUCGCUAAACUUAUUAAAUAAUCAAACAACUAAAUUAAAAAUAUCUCGAAGAGCAAUCUCAGUAUCAGAAUAAUUUAAUUAUCGAAUCGCCCAUCAAUAUAAAGGUAGCAAGCAGUUUAAACAUUAUUUUUUAUAGAUAAAAUAAUCCAAAAAAAACUUUAUUCGUUCUUUUCUUUGUAAUUUUUCUGUCCAUUAAAACAUUUUUAGAAUAUACUCUCCAAAUAAACUAAAACAUAAAAUUCGGUUGAUUAAUAAUCAAAAUAUCUCAUGGUAGUUUGUAUUAAAAGUAAAUGAUCUUAAUUAAUUUUCCGAUUGAAUUAACAAGAUUCAUUAUUUUGAUGUUUACAAAAUGGCGAUAGUUGUUUACUUAAUUUGAUCUUUAUGCGUUUUACUUUUUGGAAUGUUCUGGAUUUUUCUUGAGAAAUUCCGAGUCAUAUUUUGAUUGUAACAAAAAAUUCUAAAUCAUAUAUUCUGUUUUUACUAAGUUUGACAGAAAGUUGAAUAACAAAAUUAUUUUUCACUGUACAUAACCAGUUAAUGGAGAAGACUUGUAUAUACAUAAGUAGCGGAGGAAAUAUCAAUUGAAAUUACUCGUAAUCGACAUCGCAUAUCAAAAAAAUCUUCACUCUCUUAAAUAGGGUAGCGCAGAAUGUGUGUCAAACACUUAUGUCAAAAUAACUGAGCAGAAUUUAAUGAAUUGUCAUUAUUAUUAUAUUGCGAACGGUUUUAAUUUAAGUUUAAGAUAACACAAAUCGAUAAAGAUAUUUAAAUUAAUUAUUAGAGCUGCAAUGGAUCGUUUAUUUUGCGCUACCUUUUAUGAUUUGAUUCCAUGUAUUGGAUGCAUUCAGCGGACGUAGCGCUACCGCCAUCUACCGGAAACGUGUUGAACAUUCGCUGACAAGCCGUUUUCGAUUUAUGUAAAUUGUUAGUUUCCGUAUUUUUUGAACACAGUUCAUUCGCCUAAUUUACCUAUACUAAUACAACAGUUGCACAACGGCUUCGUCCUAUGAAUACAACCAUUGACUCAACUGAAUAAAUACGUAGGUUUGUUUUCAAUAUUAAAUCACAUAUUAAUUUGUAGUUAACGCUAAUAAAUCUACCUCUAAAGUUGAUGAAAAUUUGUGAUUAUAACUAUCUAGUCAUGAUGAUUAUUGUAAUAUAACCAAAAAUUGUAUCUAUUACAAGUUUCUGCACUAUUGAACUGAGAACUAUUCAACAUUGUUGUCAGAUAUUGAAUUUUUCCGAAAGUAUUGAGAAAUAAAUACAAAAUUGUUUAAUAUUAAAAGAAAUGAAACUUUCCUUAGGUGUAAAUAUUAUGUAAAUAUUUGUACAUGACUUAAAUAAGGAAUUCGAUUUUAGCAUGUCGAGACAAUUGAAAAUGAAAUUUAUCGCACAUAGAUUGUUUUAUCGACAUUUUAAAAAUAAUUCCGGGACAAAAAUUCUCUAUACCUGCUGUCUUUCUAGAUGAGCCAUUAAGUUCGGCUAAAACGGGUUAAUGGACAUUGUAUAUCUUUUGAUCUACUCAUAAUAAUUCAAUAAAGUGAUUACAUCCUAA